GCACACAGUAUCGUUUUGUCAAGCGGCUAAACUUGUUUCGAUCUACUAUUUGAAAAUUAGUGCGGGUGAAAACUUUAUGACAAAAUGGUGUUGAUUAACUUUUCCUUCAUUUUCAUGGUUAUUACACUCUUCUUCAAUGAUAUGGCGACUGCCGAAUCUCCUGGAUAUUGUUCGGUUAUUACGUCGCAGAUUUUCAAGCUUUCCAUUUUUGAUUUAGAAGACGUCCAAAUGAAAUCGGCUUUUUAUUUGAAUGUCACGAAGAUUGAAAAUGAAACCGUUGGCGAAUUUCUUGAUUAUCUGGAAAAUGUAGAACACUUGGCCUUAAGUUCGCAUGCUGUAUCAGUAAAGUCCAUAAAUGCAUUCAAAGAUGCCUCGCCUUACACUACUAUACCUUUAAUGACACCAUUGUGUCAAGCGAUCGAUGUAUCGUAUGAUCUGUUAUGCGCUGAUCGACAAUACACACUAUUUGUUGGAACGGUAUUGACCCCACGACAAGCAUUGAUGAGAAGAUUUUUAAAAGGUCUUGUCCUUGAUGAUAACACGGGUCUCUUUGGGAUGGGCAUUUUGUCGCCAGUUAUCUUCGACAAGACCUAUCAGCCAGUUGAAGAGUUUCCAACGCCGAGCAUUGUUAUCGACAAGCAAAUCAUUGAAACGGUUCGUACAACGGGUUCUACAACAUCCAGUAAAAAUGAAGUUUCUGCUGAAAUUUCAGCAGUCAUCGUGUCAGUGAGCGCAAAAUAUUCCAAACAGAAAAGUUCUACGUCCAAAAGUUCAAGUAAGACAAGAAACGCCGUCGUGUCACUAUUAAACAAGAAACGAGGAUUAUUCAUUGACGAAAAUAGAAUUGAUUUGAAUCCGGCAUUCAUCAAAACACUUUACGACAUCGUUGACAAUGUUAAUUUACCCCAACUUACUCGUACAGAACUUGUCAUCGAUUUAUUGAACCGUUACGGAUGGUACAUCCCAAAUCAGUUCACUCUUGGUGGGCGAUUGGACGUUGUUAAGUCAGUGAGUGAAUCAAGUGCUUCUAAUGAAAAUAAAGAGCUGGAAGGAUUGGAGUCGAAACUUAGUGCGGCAUAUGGUGCAUAUAGUGCAGGUGUAGGCGCUUCUUCUCAACGGGGCUCAAGCUCGGAAAACACCAACUCCAUUUUCACAUCAAAUGAACGUAUUACAUCGACAGUAGAUCAGGCGAUGGAUAUAUCGUCUUUUAUGAAAAACGUUCAAAUCAAAGAAAAUUGGCGGAUCAUCGCAUUGCAGAAUAUCAUACCCACAUGUAAAUUUUUAUUGAAAGAACAUAGUGGUUUGUUUGCUGAAAUUAGACGAUUGAUAAUAAGCGACGCACAUCGUAAACGCAUCCGUAAUUUGCAACCCAACAUAGAUAUGUUGCAAUACGUGAACGAUAUAUGGGGCGCAUACGAUCAGCCAUUUUGAACAAAUCAGAUAUAAAUAAAAUUUCACAAAGUAACUAUUCAAUCGCUUCAAAAAAAUUGCUAAACAGAAUUUACGGUAAUUAUUAAUUCAAUUCGAUUUUUCAAUUUAGAUUUUAAUCAAAAUAACGAUGGAACUUAAUAUUAACAGUAACAUAUACUUUUUGCGCAUUUAUUGUUAAAGCAUUAUAUUUGAACAUACUGCAUUUGUUAUAUAUGUACAUAUAAAUAAAAAUAUGAAAGAAAUAGCUGCAUUCUGUGAUCAGACCAUAGUACAGUUUCCUAAGUAAAAACAAUGUCAGCUGAUUGCCAAAAAAUUCCUACAGCUGAGGUCACCUGUUUUUUUGGCCUUUGCUCUUAUCUUUUACAAUUUCUUUCAUUUCUAUUACGAUUUCUUCCAUUUCUAUUAUCUACAAUUUAUUUAAAAUACACUAACACACUAAACCAAAAGCACCAAUACACUAACCAAAACCACACCUACAGCCUGCCGGUAAGAAGAGUUCAUUACUUGUGGAACUGUACGAUGGAUUAGACUACACAGAAAUAUGUUAAAAACGUACAUCUGUUGGAAAAUAAAUAUACA